UACUUCGCGGAAAAUCGACCCAAUUUUAACAAACAUUACGCCCAUAUUAGAUCAAGAUCUAUAUAGAUCUAGAUUCUAUGUCCAGACUCGUUCUAAAUCAGAAUGGAAAGUAGAACUACACCUAAUAUAAAUAGCAGCUUACGGGUAGGCUUCGGCAUAGCCUACCACUGGCAUUAUACAAGCUCUAACACUGACUGCGAAAAUGAGCGGACGCCCAAAGAGAAAGGCAGUUUCAAAUACAGAAUUGAAAGCAAAAAAAUUAAAAGGUGAAACAGAAUUGGGUAACGGACUUCGAUGGACCAAUGUUGAUCAAAGCGGUGAUCAAUGCCAAAUGAUAGCUUUAACAUCGGAUACACUUGAUGGCAAAUCUAAAGUCGUUGGCUUCGACGUGGAUUUUACUGUUAUCAAGACUGCCAGCGGCCGCAAGUUUGCAACAGGUGCUAAAGAUUGGGUCUUUUGGGACACUACUGUACCAGAAAAGCUCAGGAGUUUGAACAAAGAUGAUUACAGGAUAGUGUUUUUCACAAAUCAAGCAGGCAUUGAAAAAAAAAAGCUGACACCUGAAAGCUUCAAAGACAAAAUGGAAGAUAUAAUUAAACAACUUGGCAUUCCAGUUCUGGUAUUUGCAAGCACAGGAAGCAAUCAGUACAGAAAGCCAAACACAGCCAUGUGGGAUUACUUUGUUAAAAACUGUAAUAAUGGUGUAAAGGUGGAUAAGGCAAAGUGCACAUAUGUCGGGGAUGCAGCUGGGCGGAGCAAAGGAUGGGCCAAGGAUAAACCAAAAGAUUUUUCAUGCAGUGACAGGAUGUUUGCUGCUAAUAUCGGAAUAAGAUUUUCAACUCCUGAUGAAUUUUUCCUAAAUGAAGCUCCAGUACCAUUUCAUUGGGGAUCAUUAGAUUCUAAAAAAUUUCUGUCAUCUCAUCCACCUGUGCCAGCAGGAGCUGACAAAAGUUCUUUUGCUAGUAAGGUCCAAGAACUUGUGUUAAUGGUUGGUCAGCCAGCUUCUGGAAAGAGCACUUUCAGGCGUCGCCACUUGGAACCCUCAGGUUAUGUUGCAGUCAACAGAGACACUAUGGGAACUAUGGAGAAAUGUAUCAAGGCUGCGAAAGCAGCUCUUCAAGAGGGUAAAAGUGUUGUAGCUGACAAUACUAAUCCAUCUGUAGACGGUAGAGCUGCUUUUAUAAAAUUAGCCCAAGAGAAAGGAAUACCAUGCCGAUGUUUCUGGCUUCAGACUCCACUGGAACUCUCUCAUCAUUUAAAUAUGUUCAGGCAGAAUCAGACAAAGGGUGCAGUUCGUAGAAUCCCUGAUGUGGGAUUUAAUAUGUUUAAAAAGAACUUUCAAGAGCCACAGUUAUCAGAAGGAUUCUCUGACAUUAUUAAAGUUGAUUUCAAGCCUAGAUUUGACAAUAAAAAUGAUGAGGAGCUAUUCAAACAGUGGACUGAUUAGAUACAAUGUUAAAAAUAAUUGGACAAAAAACAAAUAUGCUUCAAGCCAGCUUUAUGCUAUUACUGAGCUUAUUGUGCAGAGUUAGCCUUACAGGUGCAUAGAAAACCAAAUGAGAUAUUUAAAUAAUGCACAUAUUUCAAGUUUGGGGAGGUUAGGCUUUGAUAUUAACUCAAGGUAAACACUUGCUAUUGCAUACUUUUUAAAUGAGAUUGUGUGAAUCCACUGAGAUUUAUUAACACAAUACUAAUACAUAUACCUAAAAAAAAAAAAAAAAUUCUCAAUAGAAACAAGACAUUCUGUUACUCAGUUGUAUUUGAGAAUUUUUAUAUUCCCUUUUAACAAGCCAUGUUGUUACUUUUUUGUAUUCAAAUGAGUUUUAUAUCUUCUUUUAACAACCAAUGUUGUCACCUUGAGUAUUGGAAUAAUUUUUAACUCCCCUAUAAACAAGACAUGUUAAUACAUACCUGUAUUUGUAUGAUUUUUAUCUCCUCAAGUAAAUGAUCAAGUGAUUUCAAAUUGAACCAUUGUCCUGAUAGUUUUUUUUAACAUAAAACAUUUGCUUUAUGUUCAGCCUGGUGCUGAAUGUUACAUUCCUUGAUGGAACUUAUAUAAAUUUAGAACUUUGUUGCACACAUUUAUGUUUGUUGUUUCAGUUUGUAUUAUAAACAGCAAUUGUUUUGAGAUUUUCAAGUAUGUGCCAAUAUAAUUUAAUUUUUUUACUAUCUAAACAUUUGGAAAAUGUUUAACACUUGAAUAAUGUUUAAUUGUAUGUUCCAUUUCACUGCCACAAUUGUAUGUAGACCUAAUUAUUAGAUCACAUUGUUCACAGUCCAAAGUACUAAGAAAAUCCACACUUUAAACAUUCUGUUUACUUUAAACACUAUAUAAGAAUUACUCAUAGAAUAGUGAUUGUUAAAAUAUACCAAUCUAUCUGGGUCAUGUCAGUGAUAUUUUUGAUAUCAUUAUUCUGCACAGUCUUGCUAUUUUUUUAUUUUUUUUUUACAUUUCUUACCAAAUUGUUUAUUGAUUACAGUGCCCAUUACUUUGUACCAAAUAUAUUAUCUCAGAAUAAAAUACUGAGCAGACUGAA